UAUUAUCAAUAUACACUGACUUGAUCGUAUUUUGUAUGAUUAUUACACAAAAAGAGAACCUAGCUUCUUUUGAAAGUUUCAUUCAAACGAAGCAAGCCAUCCAUAGCUCUGAUAAAUGAAGAGACAACUUUCUCCAUUUGUUCACAAACAAACUUGGCUUCACCAUCAUCAUCAUCAUCAUCAUCAUUUACGUGGUUGCAUUCAUCAUGAAAGGACCGGUUGUUUGUUGUUUAUAUUGUGUGAUGAUUGGUGAUCAUAUUUUGGCUAAUUUCCCAAUAUUACUACCAUGAUUUGUGUUAGUAUGUAUGUGUUGUAUUAAUGAAUCUAAAAAAAGAGGAAAUGAUAUAAUAAUAAUGAUGUCGAAAUCUGAGCUAAAUGAAACGAUUGUGGCUGCAGAAAAAAUUCAGAAUAAUAAUGGCAGCUCAUUUAGAAGAUUUCCUUUCCGUAGUCAAAGUUUACGUUUGAAUCGAAAAUCUAAACAACAAUCAAACAAUAAACAACAACAACAGCAUUCACAAUCUAAUUCUGAUCGUCCUCAAUUUAUACGACAACAAACGGUGAAUGGUUCACCAUCAUUAUCAUCAUCUGCCAAUAGUCUUACUUUGAGUAUAUUGUUACUCAAAGAUCGUGAUCUCAUCAUUUCUUUGCCAAAUGGUCAAAACUCAUCAUCAACCGAAACUAACAAGCAAUCGACAACACCAUCCUUUAAACUGACUCGUCAUCAAUCGAUAAAAUCAUUUCAACAAAAUCGUUCUAAUUCGAUCAACCUAAAUAAUCCUAGCUCAAAUUUCCUUGUUGGAAAUCUUCCACCGCCUAAUACGAACCAUUCCAAUUUUGAUGAGAACAAUACUUCAGAAUUAGACGACAAUAAUUAUGAAGAUGAAGGUGUUGUCACAUUCGAAGAAUCAGAAGAUGAAGAUUUUCAUCCAGAUGAUGAUGUACAACCUAAAUCUCGAAUUCCUGGACGUUAUCCUAGAACAGUCAUACUAAAUCGUGAUUGUUAUUCACGACUAGGCAUCAAAAUUGUUGGCGGUUGUGAUUUCGGAAUCCCUGUCAUUAUUAUUGGUUUGCGGCCCAAUUCUCCAGCUCAAAUCAGUGGUGAAAUUUUUAUCGGUGAUCAAAUACUAUCUGUCAAUGAUGUUCCAAUAAACGAAAACAAUACACAUAAUGAUGCAUUGAGACUAUUGGCUGAAUGUGGGACAAAAGUUUCAUUAUCAUUGAGGCAUACGAAAUCUGUGAUGAAUUUUGGCAGGAAAUGGAAACAUCAAAAUUUUUCCACGCUGGAUAAAAUGUCAACUACCAAUAACGAAAAAAAUAAUGAUUUUAUUACUCCUAAAGCGAUAAACACUACACAUCGACAUAUGUCGUUGACGUUGAAUCCUAAAGAUUUUAAUCGUGAAAAAUCCAUUUCUCCAGAUGAAAAUGCAGAUGAUGAAAGCAAUUGCAAUCGUCGUAUCAAUCUUUUUCUAGCAGGUAUAAGUCGAUUUGUUUCCUUUAGUGAUAUAAUUCGAGAUGCUGGCUUCGAGAUUCGUACAAACAAUUGUGAUCGAUCCAUAGUCAUUGAAUGUUUAAGUGAAGAUAUCUGUUUAAAAUGGUUCACUGUAAUCAGAAAUACUAUUGAAAAUUUAACAAACAAUUUCAUUCGUAAUUUUAACAAACAUUUUCCCAAAAAUGAACACUUUUUAUACAUGGGAUAUGUCUCUGAACGGGUACUUGUUGAAUCACCGCUGGUCUCAUCAAUGCAAACUUCACUAUUUUCUUCAAAAUCGUUAUUAUUCUCUCAUCUUUUAUCACCUCUUAAAUCAUCUCUUCAUCACCAUCAUCAUCAUCGUUGGUUGUCACGAUUUUUGAUCGUCAAAGGUGGAAAGAUUUAUCUUUUCAAAGUUGCACCAACGGAAACGUUGUUAAAUUAUAAAAGAAAAAUGGAAAAUAUUUUAUUUCAAAGAAAACAUCGUGCUAAUAGUAAUGGCAGUAGUUUAGGAAGUGUUGGUAGUGGCUCUACCAGCACAAGUGAUACAAGUAAUUUUUCCAAUGCUAACAGCACGAAUCAUCUGAAUGGAUUAUAUGUCACCAAUAAUGGUUGUACGGAUAAUAAUUCAACUCUUUCGACAUCACCGUGCAUUAGUAAAGCUAUUAGUUCGAAACCAUCUCGUUUGAAUAAGUUCAACAAAUGCAUAGAAAAUGAAUUAGAUUUGCUUUCCAUUGAACAUUGGCAUUGUUAUCAAUCAGAUUUUCGGUGCCUGAAAUCUACGGAACAAACGGAUAAUAAACACGAUUGUUUUCAAAUUUCUAAUAGCCAAUCAGAACAAAAAUAUUUUUCCAUUGAAUGUAACAUAGAGCUUGAACGUCUAAAUGAUGCUUGGAAUAUGGCCAAUUAUUAUUCAGUAUUAAAAAAUGAGUGUAAAAUCUAUACAGUUGCAUUGGAACCUGGUAACAUUAUUGGAUCAUUCAAAAUUGAUUGGAAAUCUGGUUUUAGUUUCUAUGAUCCUAAACACAAUGAAUGUGUUUGGUCAUAUCGAUUUUAUCAGCUCAAACAUUCAUCUGAUGAUGGUAAAGAAAUAUUAUCAUUGUCAUUUAUGUUGGAACCAAAUCGUUUUAUAACACAACAUAUAUUACGCUGUACUCGACAACAUCACAUCAUCAUUCGCAAUAUCCAUUCAAAGACCAUUCGGCAGUCAUUUGGUCCUGUCUUACCUCGAUUGUUAAAUCCAUCUUCGAAACAAGUAUCACCAAUUAAAUUCAAUAUUCAACGAUUUCUAUCAUCAGAUGCUCACAAUCAUUCAAAAAUUUGGAUACUAGAAAAGGCCGUUUCAGUUGCAUUGUUGGCAGUGAUUCCGGCAGCUUUGAUGUAUCCAAAUCAGAUAUUGGAUUAUUGUCUCGCCUUCUCAUUAGUUAUACAUUGUCAUUGGGGUUUCGAAGCUAUCGUUGUUGAUUAUAUGCGACCAUCAUUGGUUGGACCAGUUUUACCAAAAAUUGCCAUGAUAAGUCUUUAUCUCGUAUCAAUGAUGGCAUUGGCUGGAUUGUUUUAUAUGAAUUAUAGUGAUGUUGGUACUGCUACUGCAAUUAAAAUGUUUGCAAAAAUGUAAAUCUAUUUAUCUAUUUAUUUAAUAAAAUAACCAACAAUUAGUUAUUCAACAAUGAAAGAAUUGAAGUAUUCAAGUAAAUAAAAAUUUAAAAAUGGAAAUGAA